AUGGCACUGAUAACUCGGCCACAUACGUUACUCCACUAUCGUUCUUGUUAUUCUUCGCCAUUCUUCAACCAACCACUUUCCCUUCCAUUCCCCACUCGCGCCACGCGCCUCCGCUCAUUUUCAUGCGCCACAAACAGCAACAGCACCCUUUCCAAUUCCAUUGUGGCCGAUUUGCUCGAUUAUCUGAACGAAUCAUGGACCCACUUCCACGCCACCGCCGAGGCAAAACGCCAACUCGUGGCUGCGGGGUUUCAGCUUCUUAAGGAGAACGAAGAAUGGGACCUUAAGCCCGGUGGACGCUACUUCUUCACCAGAAACAUGUCUUGCUUAAUUGCUUUCGCCAUUGGACAAAAGUACAAUGUUGGUGAUGGUUUUCAUGUCAUAGCUGCACACACGGAUAGUCCUUGUCUGAAGCUGAAGCCAAGAUCUGCAUCGACCAAAUCGGCAUAUUCGAUGGUCAAUGUGCAAACCUAUGGAGGUGGAUUGUGGCACACUUGGUUUGAUAGGGAUCUGAGUGUUGCAGGGAGGGUCAUUGUGAGGAGUGGUAGUGGUAAUGCUUAUCUGCAUAAGCUUGUCAAAGUGAAGAGGCCUCUGUUGCGCAUACCCACCCUUGCCAUUCAUCUUGAUCGAUAUAUUCGUUCUAGUUGCACUGAGUUGAAAUGCUUCAAUGAUUAG